AAUCAGAGCACGUAAUUUGCAUAUGUAGCAUCUUUCAAAGGGCUUUCAGAUCGCUUGUAGCACUUCCGGAAUUUGCGACAGUUGUGUGUGUGGACUUUGAGACACAAAUUCAGCGUUUUUGAAGAUUUUGCUGUAGAGAGUUCCAGAAUUGUUUGUGACUGUGUGUGGAUAUUUUUGGGUGACGCAAAGGCGGUUGUUUUUUGUCCCCAACUGUCUGAAGACAACAAGAAACAGGCAUGCCGCUUGCCAAACGGUCUCAACGCGGGGGUCUUGGCGCGCUCAAUCCACAGAAAAAAGCAGUUCCUCUGGUCCACCAUGACAAGAAGACGACUCGCGGCGGCACGAAGCGACCAUCGGACGAGACAGCAGACGGAGUGGCCAAGAGAAGAGCAGCUUUUGGGGACAUCACAAAUGCCACCAAGCAAAAAGGAUCCGGCCUGUUUGGGUGCGUAAGUUUUGGGGAGGUAGACUCGGAUAGCGAAAGGGGAACAACAAGCCAAGACAAGCCCCUGAAGUCUGGAGAGACUGUAGCAGCCAGUACUCUCAUACAGGCCUUUGCCCAACAACUUCAAGGCAAGGAGAAAGCCAAGAAAGUGACCAAGAUCGAGAAAGUCGUGAAGGUUCUGCCAAGGAGACGUUCAGGCAGGCUUGCGUCCAAACCGGGAAAGCUCGCCAAGCCGGUUUUGCCUGGAGAUGACUCGACAGAGCCGGAGUCCUCAAGCUCACAAGGGAGUGUAUCGUCUGUGGAUAGCCUCCCAUCUUCCCAGUCAUCUGUUUCUUCCAACUGUAGCGACAGCUCUGCUAGUGAUAGUAGCAGACCAGAGUCUCCAGUUCUGAGUGUUCAGGACCUGAAUGAAAAGAACAGACAGAAGACAGAGGAGGCCAUAGCAGCAGAGGGCAAGCCCCAGGGCAUCCCCAGCAGCCCUCCCCUGUAUGACUAUGACCAGGAGAACAUCAAAGACCCCAGUCUGGUGCCUCACUACGCACAGGACAUCUUCCAGUACAUGAAGAACAGGGAGGAGAAGUACCUGCUUCCUCAGUACCUGAAGAUCCACAACGCCCACCUGGAGCCCUACAUGCGUGCUAUCCUGGUGGACUGGCUCGUAGAGGUCCAGGAGAAUUUUGAGCUGAACCACGAGACCCUGUACCAGGCGGUGAAGAUCGUGGACCACUACCUGGCCAAGACCAGGGUCACCAAGGAGAGGCUCCAGCUGGUGGGGGCAACAGCGCUCUUCAUGUCCUGCAAGUUUGACGAGAGGUGUCCGCCGCUGAUCGACGACUUUGUGUUCAUCUGUGACGACGCCUACCGACGGGAGGACAUCAUCCUCAUGGAGCAGAACAUCCUGGUCAAACUGGACUUCUUCUUAAACUUCCCCAUCUCGUACAGGUUCCUUAGGAGAUACGCUAAGUGCUCCAAAGUAGACAUGGGUACCCUGACUCUGGCCAGGUUUGCGCUUGAACUGGCCCUACAGGAGUACGAGUGUGUGACGUACCGAGAGUCCAAACUGGCAGCCGCAGCCCUGCUGCUGGCCUUCAAGAUGAAGAAACUGGGAGACUGGACUCCCACAUUGGAAUACUACUCUGGUUACAAGGAGGAUGACUUGAAAGACGUGGUGAGACACCUCAACUCCAUUGUAGCUGCACCGAGGGACUCUAGACUGAAAACUGUCCGUGCAAAAUACUCCCACAGUGUGUUCUACGAGGUUGCCAAGUUACCGCCACUGGACAUGAUUGAGGAGAUGGAGUAGAAACGCCCCCUGUCUGUUUGUGCAAAUAGUGCAAGCAAGCUUUUACAUGUAGUUGCAAUCAGGAC